CAUGUACUCCGUAGAAUUAUAUAUACUAUCCUGACAAUACGGUAUGUACUGUAUUGUUGUUUUUUACGGAGUAUUCCCAAACAUAAAUUACUCGUACAGACAGACGGGACUUCCAGCCAUGCAAUCGGCCCUGCAGCCCGAUUGGUCGGGCCAGAACGUCACUCGAUCAAUCCCGAUCUGGAAGGGAGAAACGUGGGGUUCUUAAGAAACUAUCCCCGCGAUUGCUGUCAUCGAAGCUAUCUAGUCGACUACAGUACUCCCUACAUAUUCUUACUAUCCUUACUAUUGUCUUAA